AUGACGGACAGCUCCGACUUCGCCGAGCUAGGGGAUGAGGGUCCAGGUAAAAAGAGCAGGGUCAUCUGUACCCAGCUGUCGGUCUACGAAGAGGUCCAGGUAAAAAGAGCAGGGUCAUCUGUACCCAGCUGUCGGUCUAUGAAGAGUGAUGAUUCAAUGGAUCGUCCAGUCAACUUCAGAGGAGAAUUCACUGGUGAUCAAAGGGUCCAGGUAAAAAGAGCAGGGUCAUCUGUACCCAGCUGUCGGUCUAUGAAGAGUGAUGAUUCAAUGGAUCGUCCAGUCAACUUCAGAGGAGAGUUCACUGGUGAUCAAAGGGUCCAGGUAAAAAGAGCAGGGUCAUCUGUACCCAGCUGUCGGUCUACGAAGAGUGAUGAUUCAAUGGAUUGUCGACUCAACUUCAGAGGAGAGUUCACUGGUGAUCAAAGGGUCCAGGGUCCAGGUAAAAAGAGCAGGGUCAUCUGUACCCAGCUGUCGGUCUACGAAGAGGUCCAGGUAAAAAGAGCAGGGUCACCUGUACCCAGCUGUCGGUCUAUGAAGAGUGAUGAUUCAAUGGAUCGUCCAGUCAACUUCAGAGGAGAAUUCACUGGUGAUCAAAGGGUCCAGGUAAAAAGAGCAGGGUCAUCUGUACCCAGCUGUCGGUCUAUGAAGAGUGAUGAUUCAAUGGAUUGUCGACUCAACUUCAGAGGAGAAUUCACUGGUGAUCAAAGGGUCCAGGUAAAAAGAGCAGGCUCAUCUGUACCCAGCUGUCGGUCUAUGAAGAGUGAUGAUUCAAUGGAUCGUCGACUCAACUUCAGAGGAGAAUUCACUGGUGAUCAAAGGGUCCAGGUAAAAAGAGCAGGGUCAUCUGUACCCAGCUGUCGGUCUAUGAAGAGUGAUGAUUCAAUGGAUCGUCGACUCAACUUCAGAGGAGAAUUCACUGGUGAUCAAAGGGCCCAGGUAAAAAGAGCAGGGUCACCUGUACCCAGCUGUCUGUCUAUGAAGAGUGAUGAUUCAAUGGAUCGUCGACUCAACUUCAGAGGAGAGUUCACUGGUGAUCAAAGGGUCCAGGUAAAAAGAGCAGGGUCAUCUGUACCCAGCUGUCGGUCUAUGAAGAGUGAUGAUUCAAUGGAUCGUCGACUCAACUUCAGAGGAGAGUUCACUGGUGAUCAAAGGGUGCAGGUAAAAAGAGCAGGGUCAUCUGUACCCAGCUGUCGGUCUAUGAAGAGUGAUGAUUCAAUGGAUCGUCGACUCAACUUCAGAGGAGAGUUCACUGGUGAUCAAAGGGUGCAGGUAAAAAGAGCAGGGUCACCUGUACCCAGCUGUCUGUCUAUGAAGAGUGAUGAUUCAAUGGAUCGUCGAAUAAACUUCAGAGGAGAGUUCACUGGUGAUCAAAGGGUGCAGGUAAAAAGAGCAGGGUCAUCUGUACCCAGCUGUCGGUCUAUGAAGAGUGAUGAUUCAAUGGAUCGUCGACUCAACUUCAGAGGAGAGUUCACUGGUGAUCAAAGGGUCCAGGUAAAAAGAGCAGGGUCAUCUGUACCCAGCUGUCGGUCUAUGAAGAGUGAUGAUUCAAUGGAUCGUCCAGUCAAAUUCAGAGGAGAGUUCACUGGUGAUCAAAGGGUCCAGGUAAAAAGAGCAGGGUCAUCUGUACCCAGCUGUCGGUCUAUGAAGAGUGAUGAUUCAAUGGAUCGUCGACUCAACUUCAGAGGAGAGUUCACUGGUGAUCAAAGGGUCCAGGUAAAAAGAGCAGGGUCAUCUGUACCCAGCUGUCGGUCUAUGAAGAGUGAUGAUUCAAUGGAUCGUCCAGUCAAAUUCAGAGGAGAGUUCACUGGUGAUCAAAGGGUGCAGGUAAAAAGAGCAGGGUCAUCUGUACCCAGCUGUCGGUCUAUGAAGUUUGAUGAUUCAAUGGAUCGUCGACUCAACUUCAGAGGAGAGUUCACUGGUGAUCAAAGGGUCCAGGUAAAAAGAGCAGGGUCAUCUGUACCCAGCUGUCGGUCUAUGAAGAGUGAUGAUUCAAUGGAUCGUCCAGUCAAAUUCAGAGGAGAGUUCACUGGUGAUCAAAGGGUCCAGGUAAAAAGAGCAGGCUCAUCUGUACCCAGCUGUCGGUCUAUGAAGAGUGAUGAUUCAAUGGAUCGUCGACUCAACUUCAGAGGAGAGUUCACUGGUGAUCAAAGGGUCCAGGUAAAAAGAGCAGGGUCAUCUGUACCCAGCUGUCGGUCUAUGAAGUUUGAUGAUUCAAUUGAUCGUCGACUCAACUUCAGAGGAGAGUUCACUGGUGAUCAAAGGGUGCAGGUAAAAAGAGCAGGGUCAUCUGUACCCAGCUGUCGGUCUAUGAAGAGUGAUGAUUCAAUGGAUCGUCGACUCAACUUCAGAGGAGAGUUCACUGGUGAUCAAAGGGUGCAAGUAAAAAGAGCAGGGUCAUCUGUACCCAGCUGUCGGUCUAUGAAGUGUGAUGAUUCAAUGGAUCGUCGACUCAACUUCAGAGGAGAGUUCACUGGUGAUCAAAGGGUCCAGGUAAAAAGAACAGGGUCAUCUGUACCCAGCUGUCGGUCUAUGAAGAGUGAUGAUUCAAUGGAUCGUCGACUCAACUUCAGAGGAGAGUUCACUGGUGAUCAAAGGGUCCAGGUAAAAAGAGCAGGCUCAUCUGUACCCAGCUGUCGGUCUAUGAAGAGUGAUGAUUCAAUGGAUCGUCGACUCAACUUCAGAGGAGAGUUCACUGGUGAUCAAAGGGUCCAGGGUCCAGAUGAAUCCAUUAAAAGAGCCCAGCAGGCACUGAAAACUCAUCUGAAGAAGAACAUAUUUGAAGGUUUAGCAGUGCAGGGCCACACAACUCUCCUCAAUGAGAUCUAUACAGAGCUCUACAUCACAGAGGGGGGAAGUGGGGGGGUCAAUAAUGAGCACGAGGUCAGACAGAUUGAGACAGCAUCCAAGAGACAAACCACCCAGGAGACUCCAAUCCUCUGCAAUGACAUCUUUAAGCCUUUACCUGGACAAAAGAAAUGCAUCAGAACUGUGCUUACAAAGGGCAUCGCUGGCAUUGGGAAAACCGUUUCUGUGCAGAAGUUCAUUCUGGACUGGGCAGAAGGAAAAGCCAAUCAGGAUGUUGAUUUCAUCUUCACUCUUCCUUUCCGAGAUCUGAAUCUGAAGAAAAAAAGAGAAUUCAGUCUGAUGCAACUUCUGCAGCACUACUUUCCACAACUGAAAGAGAUCAAAAGUAUUGAAGGUGAUGAAGUCAAAGUUGUGUUUAUCUUUGAUGGUCUGGAUGAGUGUCGACUUCCUCUACAUUUCCAAAGCAAUGAGAUCUGCUGUGAUAUAAGAGAGUCAUCAUCAGUGGAUGUGCUGCUGACCAACCUCAUUAAGGGGAAUCUGCUUCCCUCUGCUCUCCUCUGGAUCACCUCCCGACCUGCAGCAGCCAAUCAGAUCCCUCCUGAGUGCAUCCACCAGGUGACAGAGGUACGAGGGUUCAGUGACCCACAGAAGGAGGAGUACUUCAGAAAGAGAAUCAGAGAUCAGAACCAGGCCACCAGAAUCAUCUCACACAUCCAGUCAUCCAGGAGUCUCUACAUCAUGUGUCGCAUACCAGUCUUCUGCUGGAUUUCUGCUACUGUUCUGGAGACAAUGUUGUGUAAAGUAAAGAGAAGAGAUUUGCCCAAAACUCUGACUGAAAUGUACACACACUUCCUGCUCAUUCAGACUAAUGUGAAGAAUCUGAAGUAUGGUGAUGAAACAAACCCAAAGAUGUCAGCAACAGAUACAGAAAUCAUCCUGAAACUGGGACAGCUGGCUUUUCUACAGCUGGAAAAGGGCAAUCUGAUAUUCUAUGAAGAGGACCUGAGAGACAGUGGCAUUGAUGUCAGUGAAGCUUCAGUAUACUCUGGGGUGUGCACAGAGAUCUUUAAAGAGGAGCGUGGGUUGGGUCAGGAGAAGGUCUUCUGCUUUGUGCAUCUGAGCAUUCAGGAGUAUCUGGCCGCCUUGUUUGUGUUUCAUUCAUGUGUAAAUGAGAACAGAAAUGUGCUCAGAGCAGAAGAAUCGAAACCUCACAGUGGCACAGUGCAGCUGUCUGAGUUACAUGAGACUGCAGUGGAUCAGGCCUUACAGAGUAAGAAUGGACACCUGGACCUUUUCCUCCGAUUCCUUCUCGGCCUCUCUCUGGAUUCCAUUCAGUCCCUCCUAGGAGGACUACUGACACAGACAGAAAGCAGAUCAGGGAGCAUCAAGAAAACAGUCCAGUACAUUAAAGAGAAGAUCAUAGACGAAUCUUCAGCAGAGAGGACCAUCAAUCUGUUCCACUGUCUGAAUGAACUGAAUGACAACUCUGCAGUGGAGGAAAUCCAGAAUUCCCUGAGAUCAGGAAAACUUUCUGGUAAAAAGCUGCAACCCCACCAAUGUUCAGCUCUGGCCUUUGUGUUACUGAUGUCAGAGGAGAUCCUGGAUGAGUUUGACUUGAAGACCUACAACACAUCAGAAGCAGGUCGUCACAGACUGGUGCCAGCAGUCAGGAACUGCAGGAAGGCCAUACUGAACAGCUGUGGCCUAAGAAAGAAGUCAUGUGAAAUUGUGGCCUCAGUUCUCCAGUCAUCAGACUCACCCCUGAGAGAUCUGGACCUCAGCUACAAUAACCUGAGAUGUUCAGGAGUGAAGCUGCUCUGUGCUGGACUGAUGAGUCCAAACAGUAAAGUACAGAGACUGGGACUGAACAGCUGUGACCUAAGUGAGGAGUCAUGUGAAAUAUUGGCCUCAGCUCUCCAGUCAUCAAACUCACCUCUGAGAGAUCUGGACCUCAGCUGCAAUAACCUGGGAGAUGCAGGAGUGAAGCUGCUCUGUGCUGGACUGAUGAGUCCAAACUGUAAACUACAGGGACUGGGGCUGGGUUGGUGUAAUCUCACAGAGGGCUGCUGUGAUGUUCUGGCCUCAGUCUUGCGUUCUCCUCACUCAGAGCUGAGUGAUCUGGAGCUCAGAGACAAUGAGCUGCAGGAUUCAGGAGUGAGAGGGCUCUCUGCUGGACUGGAGGACCCACACUGUAAACUGCAGAGACUGGGGCUGUCAGGCUGUAGAGUCACACCGAGAGGCUGUGAUUCUAUGGCUUCAGCUCUGUGUUCAAACCCCUCACACCUGAGAGAGCUGGACCUGAGAUACAAUCACCCAAGACGCUCAGGAGUGAGAGCGCUGUCUGCUGCUAAACGGGACGCACUCACACUGCUUGCGGAACAUGGAGGAAAGAACAGGAUCAAACCAGGACCCAGGAAAUACGGCUGUUGGCUCACACUGGAUCCAGACACAGCACACAGAGAGCUGUCUCUGUCUGAGGGGAACAGGAAGGUGAGAGAGACACCGGGGAGAGAGGAGCCAUAUCCUCAUCCAGAGAGAUUUCAAUCUGAGCCCCAGGUUCUGUGCAGAGAGAGUGUGGGUGAGCGCUGUUACUGGGAGGCUGAGUUCAGUGUGUCUGAGGGGGGAGGGGUUCAUAUAGCAGUGACAUAUAAAGGAAUCCGCAGGAAAGGACGGGAUCUUGACUGUGGGUUUGGAUGGAAUAAAAUCUCCUGGAGUCUGGAGUAUGAUAAACACAGUUUCUCUGUCUGGCACAAUAAUAACCGCACAGACCUACCUGCCCGCCCUUCCCCCUACCACAGAGCAGGAGUGUGUGAUGAUGGUGCUGGUGCAGGAGUGUGUGUGUACAGGGUAGGAGUGUAUGUGGACCGUCCGGCUGGCACUCUGUCCUUCUACAGCGUCUCUGACUCUGACACACUGACCCUCCUGCACACAUUCCACACACACUUCACUCAACACACACCCCUCUGUGCUGGGUUUAGAGUGUGGGAGGGCUGCUCAGUGUCCCUCUGCCAACUGGAGUAGACACUCACACACACACACACACACAUACAUACACACAC